GACCGUCGAAUAGAGGAGUUAACACUAUUGCUAAGCCAGUACAGGAGGGUCAAAGAGAUAAUGAUCGCAGCUCACGGCUCUUCUGUUUCUGGUGGCAGUGAAGAGGAACUUGAGACAACUUUAAGGAAGUGGAAUCUUUUGAAUAAUCCUCAAGGAGAAUUAUUUAAAACAGAGGCCUCUUCAGGAGAAUUGUCACCAGCUAUGCUCUCUCCAGUGCCACACAAAGCUAUGGAAAUCAGUGGAAGCAUUCCAGUAUCUUCAACUAAUUUAACCUCUCCACAAGAAGAAUCUUUGGAAAUCAUAAAUAGGGUUUCACAGAAAAAAAAGUCAAGUAGUUUAGAAGAUUUGCAGAGUGAAUCCUUGGAAAAGAGUAAGCCACUUGUGAAAGGCAGCAAGUAUCAAACCUUGCCAGGAAAGCUGCCUAGACCCUUACAGAAUGGAGAGCAGGGAACAUACAAUUCGCCAGAUGGGUGUGGCAUGAACGACAAUGAGGACAACAGCAUCCUGGGCCUGAAUCGCAUCAGGAGUGUCAGUGCACCAGUGCUAGGAGAAACUGAGAAUGUGGAUGGCACAGUAGUCUCAGAUGAACCUUCACCGCUUUCUUCCGGAACGGAUUCAGGUCCACAGUCUCCAUUGUCUCCAGAAAACAGAAAGAGUCCAAAAGGGAUCAAGAAAAUCUGGGGAAAAAUAAGAAGAACUCAGUCAGGUAACUUCCCUGCAGACGAUCUGGGUUUAGCAGAGUUUCGAAGAGGUGGCCUCCGUGCAACAGCUGGACCUCGGUUAUCUAGAUCAAAGGAAACCAAAGGCCAGAAAAGUGACUACAAUGCUCCGUUUGCUCAGUGGAGCACUGAACGAGUUUGUAACUGGCUUGAGGACUUUGGUCUCGGUCAGUACGUCAUUUUUGCACGGCAGUGGGUGACUUCAGGCCAUACGCUGUUAACUGCGACACCUCAGGACAUGGAAAAGGAAAUGGGAAUAAAGCAUCCACUGCACAGGAAGAAAUUAGUUUUGGCCAUUAAAUCAAUAAAUGCAAAACAAGACGAGAAGUCUGCACAACUCGAUCAUAUCUGGGUGACACGAUGGCUUGAUGAUAUUGGUUUACCUCAGUACAAAGACCAGUUUCAUGAAUCCAGAGUUGAUGGGAGAAUGUUGCAGUACUUAACUGUGAAUGACCUUCUCUUUCUGAAAGUCACCAGUCAGCUGCAUCAUCUGAGUAUUAAAUGUGCCAUUCAUGUGCUGCAUGUCAACAGUUUUAACCCCCACUGUCUACGCAGGAGACCAGUUGAGGAGAACAACGUUUCGCCUUCUGAAGUAGUUCAGUGGUCCAAUCACAGAGUGAUGGAAUGGCUCAGGUCAGUCGAUCUGGCAGAAUACGCACCAAACCUUCGAGGAAGCGGAGUGCAUGGUGGCCUGAUCAUUCUGGAACCGCGCUUCAACGGUGACACACUGGCAAUGCUGCUGAAUAUCCCACCUCAAAAGACCCUACUGCGACGCCACCUAACAACCAAUUUUAAUGUAUUAAUUGGCCCAGAGGCACAACAAGAAAAAAGAGAAAUAACGGAGUCAACAGCAUACACACCUCUGACCACCACUGCUAAAGUUCGGCCAAAGAAACUUGGAUUUUCACAUUUUGGAAACUUAAGAAAAAAGAAAUUUGAUGAAUCAACAGACUACAUUUGUCCUAUGGAUACAACCCCAGCUGCUGCGAACGGUACUCAGAAAAACUAUGGUGGCUACAAAGGACUUAGUCCAUUCACUGAUAGGGAACUGGAGCAGAUGGAACAUUCAGAAGGAACAGUAAUGCAAAUAGGGGCUCUUUCUCAAGGCAUAAGCCAUCUUACGACUAUGUUAAGCCAAGAUGAAACGCUGAAUGACAGCAGAUUUUUAACACCUACCUUUGAAGACUGGAGAUGA